UUGCGGGUAGGUAAUAACGUUUGAAUUAAAUUAUUAUAACCAAUAUUUGAUAAGGAUGAUUUUAUAUCUUAGUCAUUUACGUUUAUUAUAAAUAAAUAAUUGCAUAUAAAAGUUACGAAUCAACUAGUGCAAUAGAACUAUAAAAAAUGAAGCCGACCGACAUAACUAAAGAAAAAGGUGUUUAUAUAAUUGAAGAAGAUAAUAAUACUAAAUGUAGGGAUAAAAUACAGUUAACGAAAGACAAAUAUUGUGUAGUGAGAAUUUUGUUUUUUACAAUGGGACUCGUUCAUUUUGUACCUUUUACUUUCUUUACCACCGCAAACGAUUAUUGGAUGUACAAAUUUCGAGAUGCAGAUAAUGCUAUAUAUGAUACUUCAGAAAACAGAACAACACUCCAGGCUCAUUUUUCGGCCGCAAUAACAAUUGCCACCAACGUCCCAUUGGUGGCUUUCGUACUCCUUACAACAACAUACGGACACUAUGUUUCAGCUAGGAAAAGAGUAUAUUAUUCAAUUGUGCUCAUGCUGGCUACCUUUAUCAUCUCAACCAUUUUUAUUGAGCUCAAUACAGACGGAUGGCAAACUGAAUUCUUUAUUUUAACAAUGAUUCUCAUAAGUAUAAUAAAUUCAGGAAGAGCUGUGUACAGGAUAAGCAUAUUUGAAAUCAUACCUAAAUUUCCUUCCUGCUCCGUGGCUUACUUCUUAGCCGGAGAAGGGCUGGCAGGAAUAUUUAACUCAAUGCUACAAAUAUUAUCUCUCCUUGUUGGCACUUCAACAAAAACCAGUGCUUUAAUAUACUUUAUUUCUGGAAGUGCUGUAAUGUUAUUUGCAAUAGGAUUUUAUAACUUUGGAGAAAGAAUGACCUAUUAUAAAGCUUACGCUUCUACAGAAGGAUACUAUAAAAAGAAUAUAACUUUUAAAGAUAUUAUAGAAAGUUCUAAAAUUAUUUGGCCAAGUAUAAUAAUUAUUUUAUUUUUGUACAUUGCACAAUUAACUACAAGUCCAUCGAUAACUUCUUUAGUAAAAUCGGAAGCUUCUGGCAAUGUUUGGAGUGAAACAUAUUUUGUUCCUGUUAUAACAUUUUUACUUAACAAUGUAUGUGAUUUUAUUGGCCGAACUGUUGGUUCAAAAGUUAGCAAGGUAAAUUUUUUAAUUUAA